AUGGCCAAGGUGGAAAACGCCAUUCCGGCCGAUGUGCCCACUCUCGGCGCCCUCCAGCUCAACGCCUUUGACAGCCCCGAAUUCCUCGAGAUGUUCCCCGAGCCGUACACCAUGGCGGCAUGGGCCGGCUUCGUCCAGCGCGGCGCGCUGCUCCAGUCCGGAGCGCUGGCCCAGUCUGGCCUGCAGACGCGCGUUGUCUUGGUCCGCGACGAGACUGGCCUCCCGACAGCAGCGUGCUUGCUGCAUGUCGCGCAGGACAGAGACGCUGCUGCCGAGAUCUACGGCCCGUGGCAGGAUAGAUGGGGUGCGCCACUGCCGGGCAUGAGCACGGACAAGCUGGAUGCGUUUUUCGUGCCCAUGAAGACGCAGCACAAGGCUGUCUUGGGCGACGCCCCUCAGAUCUUUCUGGAAGUGAUCAUGACGCACUCGACGGCCCGGCGUCGCGGCCACGGCAUGGCGCUGCUGCAGUUUGUGAAUGCCAUGGCCGACGAGAUGGGCCUGCCGCUGUAUCUGGAUGCGGACGCGGACGCUGUCAGCUUGUAUAAGCGCGUGGGCUACGUGCAGCAGCCGGACGAGGUGCGCACGAGCGAGGAGUUCGUGCCGAUGUUGCGCGCGCCAGUGAGAGCUUGA